CGGGAGCCAGUGACGCCGCGUGCCCGGUCUUCAUCCACACCUCAGCACACCCCUUCCUCCUCCACACUCUCCCACCCUCUAGACACCCAACAUGUCGACCGUCUUCUAUCGGUGGGGCGCCGGCCGCGAUGAGUCCCGCGUCAAGUUUGACGGCACGCACAUCAGCGUCUUCGACUUCAAGCGCCAGAUCAUGCUGGACAACAACCUGGGCAACGGCAAGGACUUUGACCUGACGGUAUUUGAGAAUGGGGAAGAAUUGAAGGACGACGAUAAGCAGAUUGCGCGCUCGUCGACGCUGGUGGUGCGCCGCCGCCCCGCGAUCAUGAAGGGCCGCGGGACGGCGCAAAACUACAUCGUCGGCACGGAUGCGUCUGUGUCGCUCACCGGCGAACACCGCAUCGAAGCGCAUGCGCGGCAGGCGAUGAAGGACCGGAUGAACCGCGGCGCGAUGGGGUCGGGCGGCACGUAUGGGUCGUUGAGCAAGCGGUUCGACGGCAAGGACGAGAAGGAGGAGGGCGUCAAGGUCACGACGGGCAAUGCGGACGAAGACGCGCGUAUCCAGGCCAUGCUGCAGCAGCAGACGGAUACGUGGGAGGAGAUGCAGGAGGACUUGAGCUCGCUGCCGCGCUUCAACACGGGCGCUAAUCGGCGACCAUUGGGGCGGCCGGGCGGCGGCGGCGGCGGCGGCGGCGGUCCUGGCGGUGCGCAAGGCAAGUUCGACUACAGCGUUGCGCCGGAUAAGGAGCCCCCCCUGGGAUACAUCUGCUACCGCUGUGGUCAGAAGGGUCACUGGAUUCAAAACUGUCCGUCGAACGACGACCCUACUGCGCAGGACCGCAAGCGCUUCGUGCGCGUGACGGGUAUUCCGCGCUCGUUCCUCAAAACCGUCGAGACACCGACGACGGGCGAGGGCUCCUCCGGCGGCGCGAUGUUGACCGCGGACGGCGGCUUUGUGCGCGCCGUGCCGGACGCGCGGGCGUGGGAGAAGCAGGCGGCAGUCAAGACGCGCGCGAACGACGACUCGGAGGACAAGGACGCGCUUGACCCCGAGCUCGUGUGCCCGCUCUGCAAGAAGCUGCUGAACGAGGCCAUGCGCGUUCCCUGUUGCCACACGGCAUACUGCGAAGACUGCAUCAACUCGCACUUGCUCGAGAACGACUUUGUGUGUCCGAGCUGCGAGAGCAAGAUUGCGAGUUUGGACAAGUUGGAGCCGGACGACGAUCUGCGCGAGCGCGCAAAGACUGUGCGCGAGGGCGAGAAGGAGAAGGUCAAGAGCGAGGAGGGGGAGAAGGUGGGUUUAGAUUUGAACGAGCUGACGGAAGAACGACGAGUCGCCCGCCGGCGAGCAGGACGUGAGCGGCAAGAACCCUUUCAGCGGCCCGCUGCCUGACAUGAACGCCAUGGCAGAGUAUCUCCAAGCGAUGCUCGCGACACUGCGCAACCC